GAAUUUCAUUAAUCCAAAUGCGUAAUAAUAUUAAUAAAAAUAAUUAUAGUAUUAUGGUAUUUUGGUACGCCGUCGUCGUGUAAAUACCCAAGUCGCGAAGCAUUAUGAAAAUAAUAUUUUAGUUAUAUAUACAUUUUUAAGCCGAUAAUAAUAUUACAAUUAUUAUUAUUAUCCCGGUUCGUUAUCGUUUCAAUCCGUUUCGAGUCGCUUUUCUCGUGUCUUAUCGGCUCGCGUCGACUGUACCCGCUCUGACCGACGUUAUUACAUCAAAUUCGUCAGUUCUACGGCGGUUUUGUUCCCACUCAUCGACUGCGGUUUCCGGUACUAGUGUGGUACUACUCCUGUCACUGUUGUUGCUGCUGCUCGCACCGUGUGUUUGUCCGUUGUCGGCGUCCCGUUGGAGUUUGAACUGUUUCACUGCUACGCUGGUGCCCGGCCGUCGUUUCGCCGCCAACAAUUAUUUUGUUCGGAUUUCCCGUAAAAUGGCUACGAUUAGCUUGGAUUCCAUUUUACCAUGGCCGGAAUACUAUAGAAAGGUCUUGAACAGCACGAAUAAACCAGGAUUUUUGAAACCCAUUGAUGGUCCAAAACCAGAAUUCAAUAAAGCUUUAAAUGAAAAAGUAUCUUUGUAUCAAGGCGAUCUUACAAAAUUGGCAGUAGAUGUUAUUGUCAAUGCAGCCAAUUCUAAGUUAGCUGGUGGAGGAGGAGUUGAUGGCGCUAUUCAUAAAGCUGCUGGUAAAGAACUUCUGGUAGAAUGUGCUUCAUUAAAUGGUUGUAAUACAGGUUCUGCCAAAAUCACUAAAGGGUACAAACUCCCAGCAAAGUAUGUAAUACAUACAGUUGGACCAAAAGGAGAAAUUCCCGAACAACUGCAAUCAGCUUAUCAAAACAGCUUGGAUUUAGCUGUUGAAAAGAAGUUAAGAACAAUUGCAUUUCCAUGUAUUUCAACUGGCGUUUAUGGAUAUCCGCAAGAAGAAGCAUCCAUUGUUGCCUUGAAAGCUAUCAGAGACUUUUUAGAGCAUGAUCAUAACUUGAUUGAACGCAUAAUAUUUUGUGUAUUUCUUGAUACUGACAAAGAAUACUAUGAGAAGUAUCUACCAUUAUUUUUCCCUCUUGAAUAAGAUUUAUCAUGUAUUGUAAAACAUACUAACUUUUUUACAACAUUAAAAGUAAUCAUUUAUACAUUGUUUUAAAUCGUUUUCCUUUUUUUUUUAUAUUAUCUUUAUUGUAGUGUAUUAAAACAGUAAGCUAAUUGUUUAAUUUAAAAGCAUUUAAAUAUAUAUCAAUCUCAUUAAA